GGACCCUUCUAUUUAAUCCAACCAUGACAGUUAGGAAAAAAUUCCAAUAUAUUGUUAAGAAUAAGAAACUAAGAAUCACAUUCCAACCAUUUCAUUCUUCUUCUUCUUCUUUCUUCCUCUUGCAAUCUCCGCCUAUUACUCUUCUUGUAACAAUUUCAUUGUUCAUUGUUAAUUGUUCAGUGUUCACUCCUCCUUCAUUCUUGUUCUUGUAACUAACAAUAAUGGGGUUGUUCAAAGCUAAAGGAACUGUUUACAAGGCAGUGAAAGAUGUGGACUUGGGUCCUUAUAGCACUGAACACUAUCUCCAAGCCAAUGUCAAAGCGCCACGAAUGACUGGGAUUUUGAUCAAGAUUUUCAUUGCUAUCUUGGAAUGUCCCAUACUUGGGACCUUGCUAUUGUACAUAUUGAAAGGAAACAAUCUCAUUCAUGAUCUUGUUACAAAUGUGGAUUUACAAGAGUCACCUCUCUUUGUUCCUUUACAUGAUUUUGAAGAUAGGAAAGAGAAAGAAGUGAAAUGCAUAGAUUCAAGUUCAUCUCCACCAGAGAAAGUUCAACUUGCAAUUGAUUGCUUGCCUAAAUCUUCUUCUGAAGAACAAAAUUCAUUCAGUAGAUGGACAAUAAUGGAUUAUUACAAAGCCUAUAGCUCAGGAAACACAACACCAUCAAUGGUUGCUGAAAAAUUUAUAGCUGCCGUUAAUGAAUCUGUGAAACCUCCACUCCAAAUGGGAUUCUUUAUUGACUACAACACUGAUGAUAUAUUGAGACAAGCAAAUGAAUCAACUCUUAGGCAUAAAGCAGGGGAACCUAUAUCUGUGUUAGAUGGAGUACCUGUUGCUAUAAAAGAUGAAAUAGAUUGUUUGCCAUAUCCAACAACAGGGGGAACAAAGUGGCUGCACAAAGAAAGGCCAUGUGAAGACGAUGCUUGCUGCGUUAAGCGUCUGAGAUUAUGCGGCGCAAUCAUUGUUGGGAAGACUAAUAUGCAUGAACUUGGAUCUGGAACUAGUGGGAUUAAUCCACAUUAUGGGCCUGCUAGGAACCCUUAUGAUAAGAAUAAGAUUGCAGGAGGUUCUUCAAGUGGUUCUGCUGCUGUGGUUUCUGCAGGAUUGUGCCCUGUUGCCCUUGGGGUUGAUGGUGGAGGAUCUGUAAGGAUGCCAGCAGCUCUUUGUGGUGUUGUUGGUCUGAAACCGACUUUUGCUCGCAUACCUCAUGCCGGAGUUCUACCUCUAAACUGGACAGUUGGCAUGGUUGGGAUACUGGCAGGCACAGUUGAGGAUGCAAUGAUUGUUUAUGCAGCUAUCAGUGGUGAAAUUCCAUCCGAAAAGCCGUCUGGUACACCAUCCAAGAUAAACCUCCCACUGCUGAGCAUGACAAAGUCUUUAUCAGGCAUAAAGUUGGCAAAAUAUGGAAAGUGGUUUGAUGAUUGCAGUGAUGAUGUCAAAUUAUGUUGCUCGCAAGCUUUGCUCAAACUCCAGAAUCAUUAUAAUUGGAAGACUCUAGAUGUCACCAUACCAGAGAUAGAAGUGAUGCGCCUCGCACAUUACACGACGAUUGGAUCCGAAUGCUCCGCUUCACUUGGUUCCUUGAGAGAAAAGAAUAUUGCAGAAUUUGGAGGGGAUGCAAGGGUAGCACUAAGCAUCUAUAGCUCCUUCAGCAGCUUGGAGUAUCUUAAUGCUCAAAGGAUCAGGAACCGGCAGUUGCAACUUCACAUGAAAAUAUUUGCUGAGGCUGAUGUGAUUGUGUCACCAACAACAGGUGUGACUGCAUAUUCAAUUCAAGAUGAUGCCCUCAAAACUGGUGAACUUGAUUACAUCAAUGGAGCUGCACUUGUUCGUUAUUCCAUAGCUGGAAACUUUCUUGGACUUCCAGCAGUCACUGUUCCGGUUGGAUAUGAUAAAUUGGGGUUACCUAUUGGUCUUCAGUUUAUUGGAAGGCCUUACUCUGAAGCAACAUUGAUCCAUUUGGCAUUUGCUAUGCAGGCCAUCUGCUUGUACAAAAAGCCAGGGCAAUACUAUGAUUUGCUUAGAAGAUAAUUAAUAAAAGGGAAGGAAUAUCAGAAGAAACAACUGUUUUUCCAAGAAAAAGGAGAGCCUUGUUGUCUUCUUGUAUGUCCUAUGGAGAUUCUUUUUCCCUUUGUUUCAUAUUGUUUCUAUUGUUGUCCAUGUUAUUUAUGUAAAAGGGAAUCAAUCAUCUAUUCCAUGUGAAGAGAAACUAAAAGUUUCUCACCCUUUUUCUUCU